AUGGAGCAAUCGGUGUCGAAGCUGGCGCGCAGACAUGCGUCAACAAGGCAGCAAUGGCUGUUGGGCAUGGAGCUGCGCAGGUGUAGGAGGAAAGAACGCCAGGAGUUGGGUGUCAGGAACUGGGCGCUAGGAACAAGGCAUCUAGAAAGGGCACUAAGAAGGGGUGCCAUGAGACUGGGUGCCAGGAGCAGGGGUGCUAGUAGCCAGGAGUGCCGAGUAUUAUCCGUUAGGCACUGUCUGCUAGAUGUUGUCCACUGGGCGCAACAGCUGGGUGUUGUCUGCUGGGUGCAACCGCUGGGCGCUGUUCAUUGGGUGCAACCGCUAGACAUUAUCCGCUAUGAGUUGUCCAUUAGGCGCAGACGCUGGGUGUAG